AUGGAACUCGAUCUGGACCUUGGAGACGACGGAAACGAGCUGAACGAGCUCGGAGCCUCUUUCCCGCCCUUGGAGAGCCCUCCGGUUCAUUUCGCAACCGACAACAACACGAUAGUGACGUCACAAACAGGAUCUACUGCUCUAGUGCCAUGUGUCAUCAACAACAUCGGAGAUGGAAUGGUGUCCUGGAUACGCAGAAAAGACUAUCACUUGCUGACAGUUGGUUUAACAACCUACAGUAGUGACGACAGAUUUCAAGCUAUACACUUACAGCACUCAGAGGAUUGGACGCUACAAAUCAAGUUUGUGCAGCAGAGGGAUGCCGGCUUGUACGAAUGCCAAGUGUCCUCGCAUCCGCCCACGAGCAUCUUCAUCCAGCUCAACGUAGUCGAGGCGCGAGCUGAAAUUCAAGGUCCUUCUGAGAAGUACUUGAAGCCAGGAUCAGGACUCCGAUUACAGUGUACUGUUCUUCAAAGUACAGAGCCUCCUUCCUAUGUUUUCUGGUACCACAACAACCGUAUGAUCAACUAUGAUGUGGACCGAGGGAUAAAUGUGACAACUGAUCUGUCAGAGAAAACGAGUACUCUGACAAUAACAAAUGCAGCCACUCGUCAUUCAGGAAACUAUUCCUGUGUUCCCAGUAAUGCGCAACCUGCUAGCACAUACGUGCACAUUCUCAAUGGUGAGAAUCCAGCAGCAAUGCAGCACGGAGGUCGAGGACUAUCCUGGCUCCAAUGCAGUCCAUCUUCUUGGUUAUUGAUAUUUUCCGUUAUCAUCAUUUGGUGCUAGUCACUGCUGAAGUGGCAUUGAAACUUUUCUUGACGGUUCAUGAAAUAUCGUCAGAGAACGGAUAAUAAAAGAUAUUUUGUGAGUGUUCAGUGACGAAAAGUGUGGCAACAAUAACAAUGUAUCUGAAAAUGUUGUCCCCAAUUGUCCAAUUUUUUUGUGAUAUGCUGGAACUUUUUUAACGAGUGAAUCGUUGCUCGAUAUGAAAAAUAAAAUCACCAAAUUUUCACUAGUUGACAGAUAAUCUGCAUCUAACGUACUCUUCGAUAAGUUUCCCAUUCGAAUAUUCAUUAUUCAAUUUAUUUUGACACGCAUUUUCAGAAUUGAUUUUUUUCCAGACGAAAGAAGUCAUUGAUGACAUAAUAAAUAUCUAGUUUCUCUGGUCAACAUUGAUUUUAUUGCCUAUUUCUAAACAUGCCUGCAAGUAGUAGUGGAUAACUAAUAUUUGAAACAAUCACGUUAUGAUUUUGUUGAUUUCAAUAUUAGAAAAAAAAUCUAAUUUUUCGUCAUAACAAAUUUCCUGGCUCUCAAUCAUACCACACUUCAGUACGGUUCAAUUGAAGAAGUAUAUCAAUGAAAUCUUAUAAGUGAUACUCUAACAAAUAACAUUUUCAUCACAUUCUUGAGAUUUGAAAAGCUGCCAUUAUCACUAAAAUGAAUUCGAUUCAUUUGUUCAACAAAAUGUGUUACAUUUUUGCUUGGAAUUACUUUUAUCAUACACAUUGUACGGAACUAAACAGAUAUCGCGAAGACAUUCCACAUCAGGUUAUUAUGGAAUUGUGUAUAUUGAAAUAGUUUGUCGUUUGUUUGAAGGUAGUUGACAAUGUUUCUUGGUGCAUUUCAUUAGU